CGUGACUACCACCCUGCACGAGCGUCGUAGAGCUCGGGCUCUUGCUCCGGCACACGAGCAUUGCGAACAUUGCGAGGGUGGACGCCGCAGGGCCUGCACAACCUGCCAGACGUUUUAAUUAGAGAACAACGGGACGAGAAACGACCGAAAAUGAGCGAUUAUGGAUACGACAGCAGAGGGAGGGAACGACAGAGACGAGGAGGGAGCAGAGGCGACGAAGACGAUCACGAUGAACGAAGAAAUAUCAUGCAGCGUUUGGAUAGCAUACAAGAUCCCGGAAAGCGUUAUCUCCUCCGAGAGUGCAUAGGUUCUGGCGUGUGCGGCGAUGUGUACGAAGCGAUCGAUCAACAAGCCGGGAACAAAAGAGUCGCGGUGAAGGUGCAGAAGCUCACUCCGGAAUCGCAGUCCCUGAUCAUCGAGGAGUACAAGAUUCUUCGUGACUUCGGGUCACAUCCGAAUCUGCCAGACUUCUACGGGAUUUAUCGCAGAAGAUCCGGCAAGAAGACCGAGUACGAUCAAAUAUGGUUCGUCAUGGAGCUCUGCGAAGGUGGGACUGUGAUGGAUCUCGUGCACGGGCUUCUAGCUAAGGACAAGAAAAUGCGCGAGGAGCACAUCGGCUUUAUCCUGCGGGAAGUGAUCCAGGCAAUGGUCUAUCUCAACGAGCACAACGUGAUGCACCGUGACAUACGCGGCAAUAACAUAUUACUGACCAAAGAGGGCGACGUGAAGUUGGUCGAUUUCGGGCUGUCGAAGAUGUAUCAGGGUGAAAUGGGGAAGAGGUACACGUGCGUAGGAUCGCCGAGUUGGAUGGCACCAGAAGUGGCCAUGAGCAAGGAGAACAAUUCCGAAGGAUACGGUAGCAGAGCGGACGUCUGGGCGGUCGGUAUCACAGCGAUCGAGUUGGCUGACGGUAAACCGCCGUUUCAAGACAUGCACCCGACCAGAGCGUUGUUCCAGAUCGUUCGAAAUCCGCCACCGAAUUUGUACAGGCCGUCCAACUGGUCGCAAAAUUUCAACGAUUUCAUCGCCGAAUGUCUCGAGAAAAAUCCCGAGAACAGGCCGUUUAUGGCGGAAAUAGCCGAGCAUCCAUUCUUAGCGGAUUUACCGGAGGAAGAUUUUCUGCUGGCAAAAGAGAUCAAGAUAUUAAUGAUGGACGCCGGUGAGAAAGGCAAAUACGAGAGGAGGCCGGAAGUAAUAGUGCGAAAAGGUUUCUUGAAGACUCAUCAAACCGAUCCUUUGGAGCCUAUGUUCAUGGAGGAUUUAGCUGCGCUCGAAGUGCUCACGGAGGACGCGAUUUUGGACGAGCUGCACGAGAGACUGCGGCAAGGUUACUUCCACAGCUUCAUUGGCGACAUCCUUUUGAUUUUGAAUCCGAACGAGAAACAAGACAUUUACGGGUCCGAUUAUCACACGAAAUACCAAUUCAAGUCGCGUUCGGACAACGCGCCUCACAUAUACUCCGUAGCCGACAGCGCCUAUCAGGACGUGUUGCACCACGAAGAGGCCCAGUAUAUUUUACUAGCCGGCGAGAGCAAUUCGGGGAAAACGACCAACAUGAUGCAUCUCGUUCAGCAUCUCAUGUACCUUGGGAAAAGCCUUCAAGACAUCGGUGCGAGAUUAAUGCGAGCUAUCAAAGUGAUUCACGCUUUCAGCAACGCCGCCACGCCGCUCAACACCAAUUCGACCAGAUGCGUGCUGCAAAUAGAGACUACGUACGGAAGUUCCGGGAAAGCCUCCGGCGCCAUAUUUUGGCUGUAUCAGCUGGAGAAAUGGCGCGUUUCUACCCGCGACAGAAAUCAAUCGAAUUUUCACGUGAUGUACUACUUUUACGACGGUCUCGACGCCACGAGCAAACUGAAACAGUAUCACUUGCCACCGGGCAGAAGGAUGCGGUACCUGAGGAUAAGCGAGAAAGGAACGGAGAGGAAACGAUCGUUCAAAGUUCGUAACGAUCCGCGCGGCAACGUGGCCAAGUUCGAAGAACUCAAGGAGAAUCUACGAAUCUUGGAAAUGGAGGAGUAUUGCGAGACGAUCUGGAGAAUAUUGGCGGCGACCUUAGUUCUGGGAGAAAUUCGUUUCGUCGAGGGUAACGACGGAGAGGCUGACAUGGACAACAACGACGCGGCCAACAGAGUCGCUCAACUCCUCAACCUCGAUGAAAAGAAAUUUAAUUGGGCGUUGCUUAAUUAUUGCGUAGUCGUGAAAGGGAACGCUGUACGGAGAAAGCACAGCUGCGAAGAAGCGAAAGAAGCGAGAGACGUAUUAGCUAACACGAUCUAUCAGCGACUGGUCGACUGGAUAGUCAACACUAUCAAUUUCAAAUUUACGGUUACUCGUUCUCUAUUCGGUGACAAAUACGCGAUUAACAUAAUGGACCUGUUUGGAUUCGAGUGUUUCGCGGUAAAUCGACUCGAGCAGUUGGUGGUAAACACCAUGAACGAACAGAUGCAAUGUUAUUACAACCAGAGGGUAUUCGCCUGGGAAAUGCAAGAACAAGAAGAGGAGGACAUACCGAUACAGCGUUUGCAUUUUUACGACAACAAAGACGCGAUAGAUCAAUUGAUGAGCAAAGACAGAGGUUUAUUUAGUAUAAUCGACGAAGCAUCGAAAAAUAUGCUCGAUUAUCAAUAUAUCAUGACCAAAAUCCAACAACGAGCGGACAAUCUUUAUAUAAAACCGGUGAGUUCUCACGAAUUUACCAUCGCUCAUUACACAGGAAAAUUGCUUUACGACGCUAGCGAGAUUGCCGAGAAGAACCGGGAGUUCGUCCCACCGGAAAUGAUCGAAACGUUCAGGCAAUCGACCAUCGAAACCAUGAAAGAUAUGUUCACGAACAAACUGACGAAAUCUGGGAAUUUGACGGUUGUCGUUGACCAUCCGAAAAUCGCGGAGAAGAAGACGAGCAAAGGGAAAUGGGGCGCGCUCAUGCAGGAGACGUCGAAACCAAGGAGAUAUAACACCGCAUCCCGAGGGCAAUACUCCCAGACACGGAAAAUGAGAACCUGCGCGGCUACCUUUAAAUCUACCAGCCUUGAAAUCCUUAAGAACCUUUCGGUAGGUGGCGGAAGUAGUGGUAUCCACUUCGUCAGAUGUAUAAGAUCCGAUCUCGAGGGUGCGCCACGUGGUUUUUAUCGAGACGUCGUCAGACAGCAGAUCCGUGCGCUGGCUGUUCUCGACACUGCCAAAGCCAGGCAACGUGGUUAUCCACAUAGGGUAUCAUUUCCAGUAUUCCUUCAAAGGUACCAAUUCCUGGCAUUCGACUUCGACGAGAAUGUCGAGAUUACCAAAGACAACUGCCGAUUGCUACUGAUCCGGUUAAAAAUGGAAGGAUGGGUGAUCGGAAAGACCAAAGUGUUUCUAAAGUAUUACAACGAGGAGUACCUCUCGCGGCUGUACGAGACUCAGGUGAAAAAGAUAGUAAAAGUUCAGUGCAUGAUGAGGGCCUUUCUAGCACGCAAGAACAUAGCGUCGAAGGUCACGAAGAGCACGAAAAAAGAAGUUGUGAAGAAAGCGUCUAUAAAGAAGAAGGAGACGGUGGAUCUGUCGGAAGAUCAGGCAGCGGUGAUGAUUCAGAAAGCAUACAGGGGGCACACAGUGAGGAAGGAGAUGGGGCCUCUUCUCGGGAAGGAGAAAAUGAGUCAGGAAACGAUGGACAUGAUGAAAUUCUACAGCAGCAAGUGGAGGUCGAAGAGCGUGUUCCAAGUCCUCCUACGUUACCGUGCAGCCCGUUAUCAAGACCUCGUGCAAUUCUCGCAACAAGUGCAUCUGUUCAAUCAAGCAAUAGUAGCGUCUCUCGCGACGACGAAUAAACAAAUAUCUAUAGAUCGAGUAGAUACAAACGUUUCCAAAUCAACGUACUUAGGCCAUUUGAAACCGCCCCAAGUGCACAAGUUACCUUUCAACUUUUAUCAAGAGUUACCUUUUCCCGACAUGAAGAGACAAAUGAAAGGUGUUGGAUCCGCGUCGUCAUCAACGUCUGACGACGAGCACGAAGCCUGGGACGCGCCAUUACGGAGACAAACAAUGCCUUGGGCCAACAGGAACAGUCGUACCAGAGACGUCGAGGUUCAGACAACGAACUCGCCACAUCGAGUGGCGCAUUCGGGCACCGAGGGACAGAGUCUGAUCGACACUCCGUUUUCCAGAGACCCGAAUAUCUCGGUCCGAUGUCCACCCGAAGAGACGUCCCGAAGCAGAAUGGGUAACUCUGGAUUUCAACACCAUUCGACCAACCGUAGCCCUGUACCACCUGCUAACGUUCAUAAUCCUCGCUCAAAUUACGAUAGUACCGGAUCGAUACGCUCUAGGAAACACGCACCGCCUCCACCUGUUCCGUUCAAUCAGUCACAACCACCCCCGACGCGCAGUACCGACAGUUAUAGCUCGAAUAUUCGAAGUAAAAAUAUAGACGCUGGUAGCCACGAUUGGGAAUACGAUGAUAAAACUAACAGGAGUAGCGGCAAUGCUAAUCGUAUCAAUCCGAUUCAGGAACUGCAGAUGAUCGGUCGUAGAAACAACUACGACGGUAACGAAGACACCGACGAACCACCGUUUAACUUUCAGGCGAUGCUGAGAAAAACGAGUCAUCAUCGAGCGUCGAUGAAACGUACACCCGUUUACGAUAGUUAUUCUCAUUCUCCGUCACCACUGCCAAGUACAGGAUAUCGUGGGAAUCGCGAAAACGAAUCGAACGUUGUAUACAGAAGCGGAGGUAGUCGCAGAGACUCUCCCGAAUGGAGUCCCAACGAAAUGGUCAGAAUGUCCGAGAAAUAUGGGAAGGAGGGAGCUUGGGGAGAAGAUCGAAUGGGGACCAGAGGUCGAGGCAACGUAACCUCGGAAAGUGUCACCGAAGAGAUUGCACCGGGAAUCGUCGUCGAGGGUUACGUGGCCGAGUUGUAAAAUUCGAGCCAACAACGAAAACUCUUCAUGUAUCGAACCACGGUAAAAACUGGACCAGUUGGAAUUGCUAAUACCGUGAGAAAAAAAAAAGAGAAGCCUGCAAGAUACCUGUAGCUGUCCCGAUGGAAACAAAUGCACGAUUUAAAAAGAUCGAUACCCAAUUCACUACCGUUGCUGACUCGGGGAGAAAUUUUUUUAUCCACGAAUGUGUACAUACGUAUAUUUUUUUAAUACUUUCCUUUUCUUUCUCUUUUAAAUAGAAAAGAACUACUGUAACGAUUCGACGAUAAACUUCUUUUGUAACUUUCAUUCGCGCCUCGAGCGAUCCAUAAAGUUGACACUUUUGUCCAAUGUACAAUAAUUUUCAUCGAACGAUUCGUUUUUCCAUGAGCCUGUCUUCUCCAACAGUUAGCAAUGCUCCCUACCGAUAUACAAUACUUGACCGUUAUUUUUUUAUUAGCCUUGGAUAAAAUACACACUCACACAUACACACACUCUUGUUAAAAAAAAAACGUUAACAAGCUAUUCGCAUUAUUACAAAUGGAAUCGCGAUAAUAACAACAAGAAUUCAGUUUGAACAAAUGGUUACAACAAUACACGAGAGUGUCAUAAAAUUAACUUGAAAGUUUUUGUUUCAAGUUUUUGCCUUCAAAACCCUUCAUCGCACGCAACGAUGCUCAUUUAUGGAAAAAACCGAAUUAUUAUCGAGAAAGUGCACCUUGCACGAUCGGCUCUAUUGCAUAGCACGAAACUCCUGUCACUUUUACGAAGUAUAUAGUAUUUAUAAAUGUCAACUGACUGAUGCACGAUUGUUAAGAACAUUUUAAAAAAUAAAGAAUUAAAAAGUAA